GGCCACCCCGCUGCAGCGAUGUGGCUGCUGUGGCUGCUGGUGGGCUCGGCGGAAAGCCAACUUUUGCCUUGGAAUAACUUCACAAAUGAAUGCAAUAUCCCUGGAAACUUCAUGUGCAGCAAUGGACGCUGCAUCCCAGGAGCCUGGCAGUGCGAUGGGCUGCCGGACUGCUUUGACGAAAGCGAUGAGAAGGAAUGUCCAAAAGCCAGAUCUAAAUGUGGCUCCACCUUCUUUCCCUGUGCAAGUGGAAAUCACUGCAUCAUUGGUCGCUUUCGAUGCAACGGGUUUGAAGAUUGUCCUGAUGGUAGUGAUGAAGAAAACUGCACAGCAAAUCCUUUACUGUGCUCUACUGCCCGAUUUCACUGUAGAAAUGGCCUGUGCAUCGAUAAAAGUUUUGUGUGUGACAAUCAGAAUAACUGCCAAGAUAACAGUGACGAGGAAAGUUGUGAAAACCUUCAAGAAUCCGGCAGUGAUCAGGAUUAUGUGACCACGGAGCCUCAGCUGCUGUACUACCCCAGCAUUACCUAUGCAAUCAUUGGCAGCUCUGCCAUUUUUGUGCUGGUGGUGGCCCUGCUCGCCUUGGUGUUGCACCACCAGCGGAAACGCAACAACCUCAUGACUCUCCCUGUGCACCGGCUGCAGCACCCUGUCCUCCUGUCCCGGCUGGUUGUUCUCGAUCAUCCGCAUCGCUGCAGCGUCACCUACAAUGUCAACAACGGGGUUCAGUACAUGUCCAACCAGGCCUACCACCGGCCACCAGGUUUAGACUCUCCACCAUCUUAUUCAGAAGCGGUGCUAGACCAAAGCAGACCUCCAUGGUUUGAUCUUCCUCCACCUCCAUAUUCCUCAGAAUCAGAAUCUCAGAAUCGUGUAGAUCUCCCUCCUUACCGAUCUCGGACUGGGAGUGUGGUGAGCACCGAUGCUCCAGUGGCAAGAAGUCAACUGCACGCAGAAAGCAGUCGAACCAGAAGCACCAUUAAUAAUACACUGCGAGAAAUUCCAUCUGAGCAAAGUGUCUCUUUAAUCAGCUCCCUUUCUGCUGAGGAACAGUGA